GUUCCAAAUGCCCAAUGUCGCUACGGUUGACACGGGGUACGUGGACAAACUGUGCGAGCUGUGCCUUAUUGGCGCCAGAGGAUAUGGAAGGCAUCUUCUUUGGGUUUCCAGGUGGAGCUGCCGUCAGCUUUCGGUUAUUGGGCAAAGCUGGCAGUGGUGUGUCUGGCAAACGCAUCUCUGCUCUGGCGGAAGAGGUGGUUGCAGAGUGUGCGGAUAAGGGCUUGAGGCCGCUGGCUUGGGCUUCAUUGCGCCGCAGCGAAGCCAGUAUGAAGUGCAACACCUUUCUGCCCCAUGAAGAAAACCUUCAUGAGGCUUUCCAAAACCUUGGCCUUGACACGUUCAGAGGCUGUAUUUUCAGAUGUGAACGUGGUCGAGCUGAAAAGCUUUCGCAAAGAGCAGCUUGCUUUUCAUCGGAGAAACGAAAAGUGAAAAUGUACAUCGAACCCGACGUCAGCGAUAGCAAGGGCAACAUUUUGCCCCCAGAAGGGACGCUGCUUAAGAAAGCAAUGAAUGGGUGCGAGAAAGGCAUCAAAAACGCAGGCGAUGCGUUGCAAGCAGCUCUCUCCGUAGCAACGAAGGCCAUAUCAACCAAUCAUUCCACAGCGAAGCGCUUUGCCAUGGCACAGCGUGCUGCCGCUGGGCAAGCUGCUUAUCAGAGAAAGCGACCCAGAGAAAAUUCCACACCAGUGAGGUCUUUGUCAAAUGCGGAGCGUCCGAAGCAAGAGGAGCAACAGAAAGAGAGCGAACAGAAGCAGGAACAGAAGCAAGAACAGAAGCAGGAGAACCAGGAGAAGGCACCGGCACUGCCAAAGCAGGCAGCACAAGAAGAACAAGCACAGCUGCAAGAUGCGAAUCGCAGAAAUCCUAAGCUUCGACGAAUGAGCGGACAAGGUCUUGUCUCUAGUGGAGAAAAGUCCUCAAUCAUGCAGCACAGUGAGCAUAUUUUAUUGCUUUGA